AUGUCCGCGGUGCGCUCUCCCUUUGUUCAUCUGUCCUGUCACCCAGAUCAAGUUCUGUGGGCCAAGGACGAGGUCCCGAGCCUAUUCAACGGCAUCGCAGACGUGUUCCACCUCGAUCCGUCAGUAAAUCGAACAGAUUUUCUCGCAAGUUUCCAGCCCGGAGGUCCGUUCGAGGGCGCCGUUGGGCUCUUCCGAAAGAAUCAUUCGACGGCGCGGAUCGGGUUGUUUGACAAGGAGCUCAUCAAUGCUCUUCCGUCCAGCAUCGCGUGGAUCGCGCACGUAGGGGCAGGCUACGAUCAAGUCGACGCGGGGGCGUGCAAGGCGCGGGGCAUCCGUCUUUCCAACACGCCCCAUGCGGUGGACGACGCAACGGCCACCACGUCGCUCUAUCUGCUCAUCUCCACGAUGCGGUGCUUCUCCAAGGCCGAACGCAGCGUCCGCGCGGGCCUGUGGAAGUCACAGCAUUCGGCCGCACAUGCACACGACCUGAGUGGGAAGGCAGUCGCGAUUCUCGGGCUGGGUGGGAUCGGGCUGCGCUUUGCCGAGCUCGUGCGGGCGUUCCCCAUGCGCGUCCUCUAUCACAGCCGGCGCAAGGUGGCGCAUGCGCCGGAGUGGUGCGAGUAUUACGACGCUGGCCGUCUUGACGAGAUGCUGGCUCAGGCAGACGCGCUCAGCAUUCACGUACCGCUCAACGAACACACAGCUGGGAUGGUAGACGAGAAGAUGAUACGGAAGUUGAAGAAGGGCGCGGUCAUCGUCAACACUGCAAGGGGCAAGGUGACGGACGAGGAGGCAAUGAUGCGGGCAUUGCAGGACGGUCACCUAUCGGGUGUUGGGUUAGACGUGUACCCAGAUGAACCUAACGUCGACCCCCGUUGGCUGGAUUUUCCCAAUGUAACACUCCUCCCGCACAUUGGCACCGGUACGCUGGAGUCGGCCAAAGCGUUGGAAGUGCGGGCAUUGGAGAACCUUCGGGAUUUCCUCGUGGCUGGCGCGGGCAAGGAUCUAGUGCCUGAAUUCAUGCAGUAA